AUGUCGAACAAGGCAAAAGGCAAACUCGCAUUCACAGUACGCAAAACUGACACUGGUAGUGCUGGUCACGAUACCAAAGUUGCGUUACCCAAAGCACAGCAGCCUGCUGUGCUUUCCUUAUUACAACGACAACAACAACAACAACAGGAACGCAAUCCAUUCAAAAUUACCAAUACUAGUACCAAUACUAGUACCACUCCUACUAUACCUUCAACAAAAAAGAACAACGCAUCGUCAAUAACCAAAAGAAAACGAAAAGCACCAGAAACCAAGAAUCACUCUAUUACCCAAUUCUUUACAAUGGCGCAAACCCAACCAUCAGCAUCAUAUACUACAACCAUUAAGAAUACGCUACCAUCUGGUUCAAUGUCAAGCAACACAACAAAUACAACAAGCGAAAGAAGCACAGAGUCACCAAUAUCAAUAUCAGAUAGUGAGGAAAACAUUGUUUGUCAUAUACGAUACAUGCAUCCAGUGCAAGAGAUAUGGACAACACUUGUUGGAGAGUAUGAGGAAUCGCUAGAUGAUCAUGGCAGACGAGUACGGCCACGAGCAGAAGGACACCAACAACAGCAACAAGGAAGAAUGGAUAGUCUUGAUGAUGGCGCUGGCAUGGAUGUAAUGCUACUCUUGGAAGAAUGCAUGGACGACGAUAUGGGCCGACAAGUGCGAUACCAAAUGUCAUUGCAAGAAUCUAUUAGUCUUUUCAAGGCAAUUACAAGCGAAUUCUUAUGUGCCUAA